UGGUGCUAUAGAUGGACAAAGUUUAACACAGUCAAGCUGCCAAUUCCUCUGCUGUUGCAAAGAGGAAAAGGGGAAGAAGAGAUAUGACGGAAUACGAUGAUCGCAGCUGUGCGUCAAAUAUGUAUUUGCCGAGCUGUACUUAUUACGUUUCGACGCCCGAUUUUACAUCAGUCUCCUCCUUUUUACCGCAGACUACUUCGUGUCAGAUUAAUUUCCCCUAUUCUCCCAAUAUAGCCCAAAUCCAACCUGUCCGAGAAGUCUCUUUCAGGGAUUAUGGACUGGACCAUCCCAGCAAAUGGCACUACAGGGGCAAUUACGCGUCUUACUACUCAACGGACGAGAUAAUGCAUCGGGACUUGUUCCAGUCCUCCAGCAGCAGGGCUGAUGUGAUAUUCAAAAAUGAGUCGUUGUACGGCCACCACGGGGGGACGAGCUCGCCGUGCAAUUUCCUCCCCGGUGUCGGCCGAAAUGGGGUUCUCCCACAGGGCUUUGACCAGUUUUUGGACAACCCUAACUCGGACAAGCCCAACGCGGAGCUCCCCAAACAAAAGACAGACUCUGCUGCUCCCGGAGAUGCUGCGAAUACCAAUCAGGCUUUUACAAAACUAGAGCAGCACAAAGCUGACGCGAGCGCCGACGAGGACUCAUCCUCCAACUGCGGCGACAAGAACAACAACCAACAGAGUUCAUCAACCAAGUCCAGGAAGAAGAGGUGUCCCUACACCAAAUACCAGAUCCGAGAACUUGAACGAGAGUUUUUCUUCAACGUGUACAUUAACAAAGAGAAGCGACUUCAGCUGUCCAGGAUGUUAAAUCUGUCCGAUCGGCAGGUGAAGAUUUGGUUUCAGAACAGAAGAAUGAAAGAGAAAAAGCUGAACCGCGACCGCCUUCAGUAUUUUACUGGGAAUCCUUUAUUCUGAUACCUGACAUUACACACACACACACACACACACACACACACACACACACACACACACACACACACACACACACACACACAUUUUAAAGACUGGUCUCCUGCAUAUUUGAAUCCUCGUAAUCCCGUCUAAAAAGUUCAUUUUGCAGAUGCCAUAUUUUUUACAAACAAUUUCUGCAUCUAUUUAUUUGUGUUCACACAUUUUUUUUGGGGCGUUAUUGACAAAUAUUCCAGCAAAGCGUGAGCUGUGCUUUGAAAUUAUUUAUAUAAAAUAUAUGUAGGCUUUUUCCUUGUGUACUGUCCAUUCAUACGACGCAUGUAAUGCACGUUGUGGUGUGAAAUAAAGUAGACACGACAAAUGGUGUAUGAUAGUCACAAAGCUUGUCACAUGAACUUAUCCCCAACCAACCAAAACAAGAUGAGAAAAGGCUUUGUCGUCUUCUAAAGAUUCAUCAGUGGAGAAAUGUGGCGCUUGUAGGCCUGUAUAAUACCGUUAUUUCCUCUGCUUUCAAACAGUGGAUUGUUUACUAAACCUUGAACCGUCUAGACAGUAUAAUAAACGCAGCUGUAAAUGUUUAAAUAGGGGGCUAUUGAACGUGUCCCAGCCCAGCCCCCAGACCAAAGUAGUUUCACUCCAGCUACAAAUGUUUGGAGAAUUCAAGAGAUUUCUGCGCAUCCCGUCCAUGUUUAGCUCCUUUUGACAUGUUGGGACACUUGUAAUGCUAUUCUAAAAAGGACCGCCAUAAAGAGUAAGUAACAUUUUAUUUGGAUCUGCUUUUCUCAUUAGGCGAAAUGUGCCCUUGACGCCUUUAGAUCUGCUGCGAAGGAGAAAUAUUGUAAUUAUUCAAUUUUAAUCUUCAAUCUGAUUGCUGGCGAAAAAAAGUGCGUUUUUUUAAAUCUUGAUUUAAUGCAGGCGAAACGUUUCCAUCUUUGUGCAGCUCCACUAUACACUGACCACAGGCUGAGUGCCAUGCUUAACCUCAGUGGUGUGUAUCUGUUUUUUUUUUUUUAUAAUCAAAGGGGCGGAGUAAAUAAACGCAUUCACACAAAACAGUCGCUUUAUUGAUCAUGCAUGUGAUUAUUUUAACUUUAGUUAUAUGCAGAAACAAAUACGUCCCUUGUUUUCAUCUUCUUUUAUGAAAAAAAUAAGUUUGGAGAUUAAUGUAAUUUCAUUUGUGAUGCAUCACAUCUACACUUAUUUCCCAAAAAGGCAAUUAUAAAACUGAGGUUUCAUUAAGCGUUUAAUUGGGUUGUCUUAAUAUCCUACAGUGGAAUUGCAUUACCAACUGUGUAGGGCAUUGCACUUUGCUUCUCGUUGUAUCCACAUGAGGGCAGACUUGCAGCUUCGUGUGGAAGCGGAAAGGCAGAGUUCAGCCACAUUUAACAUCCACCUGCAUGAAAAGCAUUCAGUGUCCGAAUAAUCCGUUCAACCCAGGUUAUGUUUACAUUCUUAUUUUAUUCAAACUCCACCCAGUGGCCCAAAUUAUGUUUUGAUUUCAAGAGAUUGUACUCUUUUAUUAUUUAAAAAUGAGUAAAUCCCAAAUCCCUUUGUCUUUUUUUUUUGAAAUCCAAUCAUUCAACAGUAGUUUACAGGCUAUAGUUCGUUUUAAGAAAACAAGAACUGUUAGUCUUAAUACACAAGAAGUAUUACACUCAGUGCAGUUUAACUGAUGCAACUCCUGUGUCUUCCAGACGGCAAAUACAAGUGUUUUUGAAAGGACAAACUAAAGAAGUAUUUCUACUCCUGUCUUUUUUUUUUUAAUCGUAACCUUCAAAAAAUACAGACCUCGAUCUUUACCUGAAGGCCGCACAACCUUAGGCCACUGCAGUCUCUCCAGAUAUUGUUGAUGGAUUAUUGAGAAAAGUUGCUUAACGUUUCCUUUCAUUUGAUUUCAUUUUGCAGCUGUACCUGUUAUUAAAUGAUCUUUUAUCUGCGUCUGGCUAUUUGCUCUUAAAAUAUAAGGGUUAUUACCAAAAAGGAAAGUUUUACCCGAAACUAGAACAAAUGUCGGUGUCUUUUUUCGAUUAACUGCUUCCUUGUUUUAUUAUUUUAUGCGUUUUUCUGUUUGAAAUAUUUGUGGAUCUCCUGGUUUCUUAUUGUUAUUUUUUUUUUAAAUAUUGCUGCAUAAUCCGAGGUCCAAUUUGUUUGUCCACUUUUACGGUACAUUGUGUGCAUAUAUGAAUUUAUUAUAGCCUACCUGGAGAAUAUACUACCAUGUUAUAAAGAUUUUUUUGAAAUGAGUGCGUCACAUGAUAUAGAAUAUAAAAUAGCCCAAUGUUAUAUUUGAGCAAAUUCUAUUAUAAGAAACAUAAUUAAACCAUUAUUAAACCAUUACCGUUAUUUUUUUUUUCCUGUAGGCUAAAAUAACGGAACGUGGUGCACCGAUGAAUGUAUUUUCUAGACAAGUGAUUAUACUUGGGUUAACAAGCCUUUAUUUUGUUGUUUGUGAAUCCUGUGAUGUGAGAUGAUUUGCAUACUCGGCUUUAUGCUAUUUACAGCCAUCUGUAAAUAUCUAAGAGCCUUGAAGACAGCUCUACAUGACCUCUCAAACAAGUUGUAGGAUUAUUUAAAGCUUAUCGCAUCAAUACCAAAGAUAUAAUUAUAUCAAGCUCCAUUUCCUGUGUGCUGUGUAUUUGUAACACCAGUCCUGCAGGAGCGUUGCAGUUAUUUUGGCCUGACAUUGGAUUUUCAGUCGAAGGAUAUUUUUCAGGUCCAAUGUGUCCCCCCCCCCCCCCCCCCCCCCCCCCCCCCUCAGUUUCACAGGCCACACUGUUUAUCUUGCACCACAUUUUCCAUCCUUGCAGACAAAACAUGGAUCCCUGGGCAAAAUAAUUGCCAGCCUACACACUGCCAGGUUUUAUUUUGAA